UGCCCUAGUGAGUAUGACUCUUGUCUCAUACCAAGCCAAGUGGCUUAUUUUCAUGAAAAACGAGCAGCUGACAGAGAGACACUGGAUGCUACCACGUCAUCUCAUAAACAUGGAGGAAUGGAUAUAGAUAGGAAUACAGACAUCAUGAUGGAAUAUGAUGAGACGAUCAAUCAGUCUUCCGAGCUUCGUGCAACAGGAAGCAAUCAAAAUGAUCCUAGCUGCAGCCUAACUAAAGAUAAACCCUUUCUCUGUAGUGUUUGUAGCAAAGGUUUUACCUUCAGGUCUAGCUUGUCUAGACACAUGAAAAUCCAUGGAGGAGAGAAGCCACAUGAGUGUACGGUUUGUGACAGAGGCUUUAAUGAAAGGGGUCAUCUCACACAACAUAUUAAAGUUCACAUGGGAGAAAAGUCAUAUCAGUGUAAAUGUUGUGAUAAGAAAUACUCCCGGAGUAAUGGUCUGCAUGAGCACUUGAGAACCCAUACAGGCGAAAAGCCAUAUCAGUGUACGUACUGCAAUGUGAGAUUUAGUUGUGGUUAUAUGCUCUCAAUACACAUAAGAUCCCAUACAGGAGAAAAGCCUUUCGAGUGUUUUAUUUGCAACAAAACAUUUUCCAACACUGCAGGUCUUUCAAGGCACAAUAAAAUCCACACACGAGAAAGGCCUUACGAGUGUUCUUUUUGUAAAAAAACAUUUUCCCAAACCCAUCACCUUUCAAGGCACAUAAAAAUCCACACAGGUGAAAAGCCCUUCGAGUGUUCUGUAUGUAGCAAAACCUUUUCAGAACGGGGUUAUCUGACAGAUCAUCAGAAAAUUCACACAGGAGAAAAGCCAUAUUUUUGUUCCAUUUGUGAGAAAAGGUUCACUAGUAACAGUUAUUGCAAACGACACAUGAGGAUCCAUACGGGAGAAAAACCCUUUCCAUGCUCCAUCUGUGACAAAAGCUUUCGGGAAAAGAGUACCCAUACAAACCAUAUGACAACUCACAGUGGAGAAAAGCCUCAUGUAUGUUUGAUUUGUAACAAAGUAUUUUCCCAAAGAAGAAUUCUUUUAAGACAUAAAAUGAUACACACCAAAGAAACUAAUUUGGAAAAGUCCUAAUGAUGUAACGUUUGUAACAAGGGGUUUUGCUAUGAGAAGAGCCUGCUAUUGCAUAUGAAAAGUCACAUAGCAGAAAUGCCUCAUAAAUGAUUGGUUUGUAACAGAGGGUUCAGCAGUAACUUCUUUUUUGUAAGGCAUAUAAGAAGUCACACUGGUGAAAAGCCCUAUGGGUGUUCUGUCUGUGGCUUGUUGGCUCCAUCUGGUCUUUGUAUCAGGUCAGGUUGUCGGGUUACAUGAAUUAUCGUGAAAACACAUGCCCCCAUAUUGAUGAAAGGUCAGGUGCAUCACGUCGGUUUACACAAACUUUUGUGUAAACAUGCCCAAACAAUCAUGACAGUCAACUCAAUUGAAUACUAAUAAUUACAUUUUUUCAAAGAUUGUCCUUGAGAUAUGCGGGAAAUCUUUUUACAUCUCCAUAAUUUGGAAAAAAUGCCCAUACAAUCAGACAAUGAAGACGUCAACUGCUAGCUUUCAGACAAACUCUUAUGGAUAUUAUCACGUAAGUUUUGGGUCGAGACAAGAUCUUUUCGUAGAUGUGCUGUAGGCUUUUCAGAAAACCCCUGGUAAACUGGAACCAACACUUUUGGUAAUAAGACAAGUGUCUUUCUCAAACAUUACACCUGACUCUUCGGGACUUAGGGAUAGAUUAUUCACUAACCCAACAUUCCGACGCGAAGACCCUAUGGAACAAAGUGAGCCUACUAUUUAUAACAAAAGAUUUCCUGUGAAUAUAUCCACAAAAUGCACAUACAUGUCCCACACAGGAGAUAGGCCAUAUGAGUGUUAGUUUUGUAUGGGUGGCAGUCCUUGGACUGCUAAUGAUAAUACUUUGUACACCAUUCUUGUAUAGCGCAUAACACAUUACAUACGCAUGUCCCUAUAGUGCGCUUGGUAAGAAAAAAGCUACACAGAAAGCAAA